AUGGUCGAGGAUUUAACAGGUGGGAUUUUCAAUUUGCCUGUAAUACUUUGAAAUUAUUUUUUGAAAAACUAAUUAAUUAUUAUUUAAACUCAGACAAGUUGGACGAUUAAUCGCCUAGUAACUUGAAUUAACUGCUAGCUCAGCGAUUAAUCGCCUGUGUUAAUUUAGUUCAGGCGAUUAAUCGUAAGUUCACUUUACUAGGCGAUUAAUCGUCCAACUUGUCUGAGAAAGUAAAAAAAAUAAGUUCACGUUAUAACCAGUUCACGUCAGUUUAGAUAUCUAUUUCUAAUCAUUUCUUAUUUUAUAUAAAAAAGUAUCCAGUUCGAAAAAUUGAAAAUUCGUGAGUUUUACGCGGGAAGGGGUAUAAAAUAACUAUUCGCAUUAAUUCGUAUCAACCGACACAUUUUUUCCAAUAUAAUUCUCUGACUCACCGAAAAAAAAUUCCUUAACUGUUCUAUUUAUUAAAUUUAUGUAGUUUCAAUUUAGAUUUUCUAAUGAUUCAUAUAUAUUUUUUUUCUUUUUUCACAUCACAGUUUUCUUUGGAAAUAGUAAGAAUAAAUAUUUGUUUCUCGUCGCAAUCAAAACCAUAUAGAUAGAUAAUCCUUUCGAAAUACUAUUUCAUAUACAUUUUCAAAUCGUCUGACCAUACGAAAAACUAGAUAGUAUAUAAAUUGAAGAGACGCAAACAGUUUUGCCGAAACAGGUAUUUGAGAAAUCUUAUGUUCUUCUUUUUCUUUUUGUUUUCAUCGAUUUUGUUUUGAAUAUUUUCAUGUAAUUAUUUUAUUUAUAACAAAUGACGUUUGUGCGAAAUGUUUGAAAUUCUUGUUCAUUUUUUAUAGUUCUCCAAUAUUUUUUGAAAACAUCAGUUAUGCAAAUAUUUUUCUGGUCACUUUAGAAAACACCUGCUUUUGUUUUUUCAUAUCUGUAACGUAGAUGCUUGAACUCUUAUUUUUUAUUUAUCAAGAAAGCCUAUUUUAGGGCGACUGACAAAAUAAUUAAGAAUUUCUAUCAAGUUUAGGUUUACCAAAAUAAUAACGAGCCAAAGCGUCACUCGAAAGUUCUCAAUAAUCGUGUUUGGGCCUAUAAAGCCCUACUCAGCAAUUGGUGGAGUAUUUACAGUGUAACUUGAAGCAAUUUGUAAUUACAUUGAUGUUUUCUUGUAAAUACACGGAUGAAUCUGAAAAAGUGUAAUUAAAUUGUAUAUACAAUAUAAUUACACUUUUGCAAAAACGUGCUCAACCCUCAAAAAUUGGCAGUUAUGUAAUUACACCGAACAUUGUGUGUAGGUUCACUGUAAAAAAGGGGGAACGAGCGAUUGCUUCCAAUAUAAUUACUCCACCGAUUUCUGAGUAGAAAAAAUUCUCAUCCCCAAAAAAAUUUCAUGGAUUUUCAACCUGUCCCGAAAAGGUUCUUUUGGGCCGUUUUUUCCACAUUCAAACAUUUUUUGUCUAUCGUCACCUCCCAACGUGGUCAACCAUCCAUAAAACUUAUGUAGCACCAUUUUUUUUGUGCUCAAAAAUUUUCUUAUCAGACCAUUUUUCCAUUUUCCCUUUCCGAACAAUAUAUGAUCCUUGGUACCUCGUGUUUCCCAUAUUUUUGAUCAAAAAUCGAGUUUUUCCCGAAAAUUUUCCCGAAAACGUUUGAAAAAUCAAAUAAAUAAUUAGAUUUCCUCUAAUAGAACAAGAUUCUUUUGGUUUAUUUAACACAACACCAAAACUCAAAGAAAAUUUAGUUUUUCCGGAAUUGCUGAUAAAAUUCUUAAAUGUCGUCCGAUUAGAAAAUUGAUAUACGACCAAUCAUUUUUUUUUUUGAAAAAAAUCUAAGCGGGGAUUAUAACUUUCAGAAGCGGUUUUUGAUUGAUAGAUAGUUAAAUAAUAUUUUUGGGCUUUUUCUGAAUAAAUAAUUGUAAUUCAAUAUUUAUUCGCUCUUUGAAUCAAAUCAUGAAAGUUCAAUUGUCUCGAAAACUCAAUUACUUUAUAUUUUCUCUCAAUUUCAUUCAUAUUUUCCAUCCUCCACUUUUUGGGCCAACACAGAAUGGGGUGGACCAAAUGGGGUUGAAAUGGUAAAAAGGGGUGUAAAUUUCCUGAAGUACGAACAAAAAGGAGUUAAGUUUUUCUGAAACAAAAUGGGGUUAGAGAAAAUGGGGUUGAUUUUUUCAACUCAUUUUGUACAAAAAGGGGUUUAUCAUGCUUUCCAGACAAAAAACACAUAAAGUUACAACGAGUUUUUCUUACAUGAAUUUGUUCUUCUCAAUAGAAAUACUUCAAAAAAAGUACAGACAUUGAUUUGUGGCAAGUCAUAUUUCCUUGUGUUCACUAAGCCUAAGUAGAAGAAGUUAAAAACAAAAUUCUUUGGUUCUGUGAGUCCAAAUAUUAUGCUUAGGCUUAGUGAAACGACUAAAUAACUGUGAUUUGAAACCUGAAUAAUCUAAUCUACGAUAAUAUACUCAAUUCUGUGUGAGCUCAUAAUAUACCCCUUUUUGUAAAUUUUGAGUUGAAAAAAUGAACCCCAUUAUUUUCAACCCCAUUUGGUAUUAUGAAAAAUUUAACCCCAUUUGGUUGUACUCUGAGAAAUUUACACCCCUUUUUACCAUUUCAACCCCAUUUGGUCCACCCCAUUCUGUGUUGGCCCACUUUUUGUUGCUGUUUCGAUUUUAUUCAGAACAAAAUGCAAACAUUUUCGAAUAAAUAAAAAGUGCACAAAAAUUAUCAAUGAAAAAUUUCAAAUUUCAUGUCGCACAAAAAUGUUGAUAGAUAACUAUUAAAAGUUGUCAAUUUAUGUUUUUAUUUGUUAGGUUUUUAUUGUGAACAUUAAAAACCAGCACGUGGUACAUUUUUUUGAGAAUUUUUGUUUGAUUCUGGUUGAAAAAUUAUUCGUUCUAGAAAGUAGAACCACUUUUUUCUCUAUUAGAAAAUACGUUUAAAAAGAUGAUUUGUGACUGUGACCAAAGAUAAAAGAUAAUUUUCAUUUCUUUUCAUUUCAGAAAUGGUGACAAGCAAAGUUGCACCGGCCGAACUUAAUAAACCAAAAAUUCAACGAUUUGAAGUUGAUGAUUCCGCUUCAGCAAAUACAGUUGAUUCUUCAGAUAUUGAUAUUGAAAUUGUGGGAAAAGAGAAAGAAGUUGUGAAGAAAUCAGAAUUUCAAGGAUGUUGGACUGUUGUUGUAGUUUCGAUAUUAUUUAUUAUUAAUUUAUUGAAUUAUAUGGAUCGGUAUACAAUUGCAGGUUAGUCAACAUUUAUUUUUAUCUAAAUGUUUUAUGACACAGAGAAGUGUUAUUUUCCCAAAAAUAAAACUGUAAAUAAAAGGUUUAGAAGGAAAUAUGUUGGAUUUCUAAUUUCUGAGAAUUUCUGUAAUAUUAGAUCACAAAAGUUUGAACAAAAUGCCACAUUCCCAUACCACAUUUAGAAAAUUACAGGGAAAAAUUUUUUUCCACGAGCCAAUUUUCAAGGCAAAAUUUUUCAAUCAUUUCAAAUUCGUGGCAUUUUCAAAGAAUACCCGGCACAAAUUGAAAAAAAAAAUUCCCGAAAAUCUGAAAAAAAAGUCACGUGAACUUCGCGUAAUUAGUAUUGUCAUUUCUUCAAAAAAUUUACAAUAGAAAACUGCGGAUUGUUGCAUAGAUUUUUCAACAAAAAGUUAUCUGUAAUUUCUUAAAAUAAAAGUUUCAGUUAUAUUCAAUAAUUAUUAAAAAAAAACGAUUUCAGGUGUACUCGAUGAUGUUCAAAAAUACUAUCAUAUUGAUGAUGCGUGGGCAGGUCUAAUUCAAACAACUUUCAUGGUUUUCUUCAUUAUUUUCUCACCAAUUUGCGGGUUUUUGGGUGAUCGAUAUAAUCGAAAAUGGAUUUUUGUUGUUGGUAUUGCAAUUUGGGUUUCUGCUGUAUUUGCAUCAACAUUUAUUCCAGCUAAUGUAAGAUUUUUUUUAUUUUUCUCUAAUAUUUUCGAAAACCAAUGAUACUUUCAGAAAUUCUGGUUAUUUUUAUUAUUCCGUGGAAUUGUCGGAAUUGGCGAAGCCUCUUAUGCAAUUAUUUCUCCAACAGUCAUUGCUGAUAUGUUCACUGGUGUUCUUCGUUCUCGAAUGUUAAUGGUUUUCUAUUUUGCAAUUCCAUUUGGUUGUGGACUUGGUUUUGUUGUUGGUUCAGCUGUUGAUAGUUGGACUGGACAAUGGCAAUGGGGAGUUCGUGUAACUGGUAUUCUUGGAGUUGUUUGUCUUCUUCUUAUCAUUCUUUUUGUUCGUGAACCUGAACGUGGAAGUGCUGAAAGAGAUCAAGGAGAAAUUCAUGCAUCAGUUGAAGCAACUUCUUAUUGGGAAGAUCUCAAAGAUCUUUUAUCCAAGUGAGUAGAACAAUUUAUUAGAUUUAAUAUAACUACAUACUAAUUUUAGUGCAACCUAUGUUACAUCUUCUCUCGGAUAUACAGCAACUGUUUUUAUGGUUGGAACACUUGCUUGGUGGGCACCAAUUACAAUUCAAUAUGCAGAAGCAUCGAGAACUAAUGUAACUGAUAUUUCGAAGGAAAGAAAAGCACAGUGAGUUCUUGGAAUUUUUUUUCAGAAUUUUUGAAAGAAUUUUUCAGAAUCAAUCUUGUAUUUGGUGCCAUAACUUGUAUUGGCGGAGUUCUUGGUGUUGCACUUGGAACAAUCAUUUCAAAUGUGAGUUCGACAAUUUUUAUUUCAAAAUAUAGAAUCUUCAACUUUGCAUAAUAUUCGGAAACAAUAUAAUCUUUUUGAUAAUUCGGAAAACUGUGUCAUUUGACAUUUUUGAAAUGUUAUCUUGAUUAUUUGCAAUUAAAAUACAUAGUUUUGACCUUUAAAAAUGUCAAAAAGGCAACUUUUUCCAAAUUUUUUGAAAAUUUGGAAAAAAUUUUGGCUGUGAUCCAUGAAGGAUAUUCUGGCAGAAUUGAUGUCUUAAAUUUUUACAUGAAUGAAGGAAAUUUUUGAAAUUGUUGGACUACAUAAUUUAUAAACAACAGAAAUUUGAGGUCAACAUUUCGAAAUAUAUAUUUUCAGGCCUGGUCUCGAGGUGUCGGACCAUUUAAAUAUAUUAAAACUCCGCGCGCUGAUGCUCUUGUUUGUGCAAUUGGAGCUGCUAUUUGUAUUCCAACUCUUAUUUUGGCAAUUCAAAAUAUUGAAGAUAACAUGGCAUUUUCAUGGGUUAUGUUAUUUAUUUGUGUAGUUGCAUCAAGUUUCAAUUGGGCCACAAAUGUCGAUUUAUUAUUAUCUGUUGUGAUUCCACAAAGAAGAAGUUCAGCAAGUUCUUGGCAAAUUCUUAUAAGUCAUUUAUGCGGAGAUGCUUCUGGACCAUAUAUUUUAGGAUUAGUGAGUUUUUAAAUUUAUUUUUAUUUAUUCAUAAUUAAGAAUUUCUCUAGAUAUCCGAUGCUCUUCGUAAAGGAGAUACAAGUGCUCAAGCUCACUAUAAAAGUCUAGUCACAUCAUUUUGGUUAUGUGUUUUGAUGUUGGUAAUUUCUGUAAUUUUAUUCGGAAUCGCUGCGAUGACUGUUGUUCGAGACAAAAGAAAAUUCAAUGAAAUCAUGAGUAAGUUCAAAUUAUUGAAUUCAUAUUUUAAAAAAGUGUAACAGAUGCGACGAAACAAAAACCGGCAUUAGCUGCAGAAGCUGUAGAAGUUCAAAGAAUGUAA